AAGUCCAUCACUUCAAGACACCUUGCUCCAUUACACAAUCGAUCAUAUUUGCCAGUUCGGAAGCUGCACCAUAUAUGACCCGCUGAAAUUUUUUAUCAUAACAACUAUCCAUGAUUACUAGGAAAUAUCAGAGAACCCAGGACACAUUGUAGCUGGCAUUCUUCAGUUUUAUUUGCCAUUGAUCUUUGGAAAUCACAUGAACGAAGAUAAUUGCUUUGUCGUGGACGUGAUCUGAGUCAGUCAAUACUUUGCUUCCAAACCUUAUUAAAACUCAGAUAUAAUGACUGACGACACAAAGGAAAACACAGAAACAGAUGUUAAACAGACUAUUCUACCAAAUGAAGGUUCUGUAAAUGUGGAGCCAAUGACAAAAGAAAYGAAUGAUGAAUCAACUCCAAUCACUACAGAUGUCAAAGAGAAUGAAGAAAAUAACCAGACUUCUGAGAAUAAUGCAGUUGACGAAACAAAUGUAGAAACUGCCAAGGAAACAGAGGACAAGAGUAAGACAAAUACUGAAGGUGAAGCAACAGUUACCGACUCCUCUGAUAAUAAACCAAGUGAAGAUAAACAAGGAAAAGGUAGUGAAACACCAACAGAAAAGCAGGUAGAACCGAAUGAAACAGUUGAUCAAGAAAAUACAGAGAAACCUACAGAGCAGGAGAAAAGCACUGAAGAUCAAAAACCUUCAGCUGAAAAGACAGACUCUGAAGCAGAUAAGCCUGAGCCAGCCAAGGAAGGAUCACAGCCAAAUGUACAAGAUGAAAGCUUGUCUUCCGAAGGAAAACCUGAAGAAAAAGAUGUUGAGGCAGUGGAAACUAAACAAGUUGAAGAAGACAAACCAGCAGAGGCUGAAUYAAGCAAUAAAGAAUCUGAACAAGSCGAGGCAGGACAGUCUGCAGAAGUCAAUGCAGUAGAUAGUAAACCUGAACAAGUUGAGGAAGAAGAGCAGGAGAAGACAGCAACAACAAAUGAAAAUGAGCCAGAGAAGGCUCAAGAGACUGCCAGUGAAUUAGAACCUGAAAAAGAAACAGGUGAGGGMCAAGAAAAACCAGUUGAACAAGUUGAAGAAGAAGACAAGUCAACACAAAAUAAACUAACUGAACCCGAAAAACCAGUUGGAGAAGAAGAAAAACCUGUUGAACAAGUUGAGGAACAAGGCAAACCAACAGRAAAUGAAUCAGAAUCUGGGAAAGUUGUGGAAGCUGAAGAACAAGAAAAGCCUGCAGCUGAAGAAGUUGAAGAACAAGGCAAAUCAACAGAAAAUGAGUCUAAACCUGAAAAUCCAGUUGGAGAAGAACAAGCAAAGCCAGUUGAACAAGCAUCAUCAGAAGGACAAGGCAAAUCAACAGAAAAUGAGUCUAAACCUGAAAAUCCAGUUGGAGAAGAACAAGCAAAGCCAGUUGAACAAGCAUCAUCAGAAGGACAAGGCAAAUCAACAGAAAAUGAGUCUAAACCUGAAAAUCCAGUUGGAGAAGAACAAGGAAACCAAGACCUUUCUUGGCAUCAAAAACAACAUGAUAUGGAAAGAGAUUUAGAAACAUCUGACAGGAAAGUCAAAGAUCUGCAACUACGACUAAARCGAUCAACAAARGAUAGUCAAUUUAAAGAUGACCGCAUAAACUACCUGGAAAGGGAAGUUGAGGACCUGAAAGAACGCUUAAAGAAAGCUGAGGACACUUCUGUAAAUAAUAAUGGUAUAUCAGCRGAAGCGCAAAGACCUAAGUCUUCUUCAGUGUGUGUGAUACUAUAG